CUCCCUGCAACACGCGGCAUCUCUCUGGAGUAUAUAUAUACGCCUCAAUUGUUCUUCACGUCCAGCUAGCUAGCUAUAGGAUCUGCCGGAGUACACACAUACCGGAAAAGCAAGAUGGCCGCGGCAGCGGGAAGCAAGCAGCAGCUGCGUUGUGUGUUGUUGUACCGUCUCCUCAUUGUGGCUGCACUUGUGAUUGGUGACGUCGUCGUAGCUGCUCGGCCAUGCUCGCCGCCGAGUGAUCUCCUGCAGACAGAACAGCUGCAGGGCUUACGGAGAUUGGAAGACUCCCGUGGUUGGACGGCGGUGUUGAAGGAGCAGACGACUGGAGGGAGGAGGAUGCUGGUCGGGUCGAGGGCUCCGACGUGCACCUACAACGAGUGCCGGGGCUGCCGGCACAGGUGCAGCGUCCGGGAGGUCCCCAUCGACGCCAGCGACCCGAUCAACAGCGCCUACCACUACAAAUGCAUCUGCCAUACAUAGGCCGGUGAUCGAGCGGAGAUGCAUCUAUCUGUGACUACUACGCAGGGCUUGUUUUGGAGUUGGGAGUACAUGCACGCAUGACAUGGACAUCCGCCGGCCGUCGUCCUUGAAUAAAUGCGGUGGCGACCUACUGCUAUAGUUGUAGCUGUGAUGAACUAUUGGUGAUCAAUAAUGCUUGUCUAUCUUCAGGGCUCUCUCUGCUAGAUGUUUGUUGUUGUCAUGUCGUGUCCUUGAUCUGCUACUUGUUUAUUUGGGAAUGGUUUUAUUGCUACGGUUUUGUCAGUUUGUCACUGGCUCACUGCUAGUAUAUCUUCCUUGAGUUCAUUCCCUCUCGCUUGGAAUGG